AGCCGGUAGAGAUUAGAAGAUAGAAUACUUAUUAAUUCUUAUUAAUAUCGCUGAGCAGAUCACUUCGGCUUUCCUACCGGCUUCUCCGCAUUAACCCCUCUUUUCGGAUACUCCUAGGUACUAGGUACUUCCUGACAUCAUUUUCUUUAUUUCAUCUAUCUUCAACCUAUCUUUCCAAUCAAUUCAUACAAUAAUAUCUCAGCUACAACCAACAUGACCCAAACCCAAGGAACCCGCCUCCAAGGCAAAGUAGCCAUCGUCACCGGCGGAGGCUCAGGCUUCGGCGCAGCAAUCGCCCGGCGCUUCGGACAAGAAGGCGCAAAAGUCAUCCUAACCGACAUCAAUGCCGAAGGAGGGGAGGUGGUUGCGUCGCAGAACCCCGCGAAUCUCGUAUUCCAGAAGAUGGACGUCACGAAGGCCGAGGAUUGGAAGGGUGUUGUUGAUUUGGCCUUCGCAAAGUUUGGGAGACUGGAUGUUUUGGUUAAUAACGCGGGGACGACGUAUCGGAAUAAGCCUACGUUGGAAGUAACAGAAGCAGAGUGGGAGAGAGUGUUCAAUGUCAACGUCAAAGGCAUCUUCCACGGUGCAAAGGCAAUAAUGGGGCGACUGAUCGAACAAGGCGACGGAGGGUCAAUGAUCAACAUCUCCUCAACAGGCGCAAACAGACCUCGUCCUGGCUUAGUCUGGUAUAACGCCUCCAAAGGCGCAGUAUCCAAUGCAACAAAAGGCCUCGCAGCCGAAUACGGCCCGCACAACAUCCGCGUCAACACGGUGUGCCCCCUCCUCUCCGGAACCGGUCUGUUCAGCAUGUUUACCGGAAUGGAAGACACGCCUGAGAACCGGGCCAAGUUUAUCGGGAAUGUGCCGUUGGGGAGACUGACGGAUCCAGAUGAUAUUGCGAAUAUGUGUUUGUAUUUGGCGAGUGAUGAGGGAAGCUUUGUGAAUGGGACGGAGAUGGUGGUGGAUGGGGGAAAGUGUAUUUAAUCUAUAGAUUUACUGCCCGAGGCUAGUCCCUACUACCAGCCACAUAGAAAUACACCACCACACAAGAACAUCGACAUCAACAACACAAAAAUAAAAUAUUCCAAAUAAACCAGAGCCAACGCCACGAUCUAAUAUCUUUUUGAUAUCCAAUCGAGACGAAGUC